UUGUCUAGCACCGUGGCUGCUGAGCCUGGGCUGGUGAGCCUGUAGCAGGUAUGGUGGAUGUGGGGUCAGGGCUGUGUGCACGAGUUCCUGCUGGUACUGCAGGGCUGGAGCCACCUGCCGCCUGGGCUGCCUAGAAGCCCUGUGGAGAUGCCCCAGCCCUGCUGUGUGCCCAGGGGGAGGCAGGACGUGCCACAGCUAGACUCUUCCUGAGCCAGGGGACCGAGGCACCCGCCGCGGGCUGGAUAAAGGUCCACGGGCUGUAUUUUGUCUAACCCUGCUAUAGACUGAAGUGGUGACUGUCAGACGUGUGAACGCUGAGGAAUGAGAUCUCUUUAUCAGAGAGAAGACUCUCAGCACCUUGAAAAACUUGAGGACUGCUGGGUGAGUGGAGAGAAGUUAAUUCUCUGCCACAGGGACUGAAAUGACACCCAGGGACAGCUUUAACUAACAUGAGGAAUAAGUUAUGGGGGUUCAGCUCUGGCUGGGAGAUCAGAGUAGCUGUAAUAGAAGCUUCAAAAGAGGAAAGAUCUCACAAUACCAGAUCAAGAAGUGACUUAAGUGUUUAGUUCUACAUAAAUCAGAUCAUUUAUCCUUUUUUUUAAUAUUAAACCUCACACUGGGCAUAAAUUCUGAUUGUGAACUGGGUGAGACAAACUCCAUUUCCUAGACACAUUGAAGCUAUAUAGAUUGUCCCCAUGACUUAAUUUUGCUCAAGAGACUAUGAAAGAUGGUCUAAUCACUGCUUACCUGUCAAAGUUGAUUUUGGAGUGCAUUAGUCUGCAUUAUGAUUGAGUAGAUUAGUUUUAAUUAAUAAUGGAGCUCCCUUCACCAAGGCUUAGGUGACCAUGGUAGCUUCUCUUAAACGUCUUGGUAAUAAAUAUCUGCAAGGUUGCCACAGGGAUAACUGGAACAUCUAUUUACACUUGGUGGAAUCAUCUUGGGGGAUACCAUCUUCUAGCAGCUAAAUAAAUAAGAUAUGAAGAACCUACCACUAUAUUUAAAGCAUGGCAUAGGCGUAGUGAAAUGCACAUAGGACACCACAUCUCAAGAAAAAUUCUAGCUAACCUAUGGCUGGAAGAUGGACAUACUUUGUUUGAUUACAAUGUUGGACUGAAUGAUAUAGUUCAGCUUUUGAUACGUACUGAGUCUGAUGCUCCCACCACCACUUCUAUGGCUAAUAAUGAUGGAGAAGGCAAUCCAUGUGCUGUUUCCAACUGUAAAAACAAAGUCAAGAAAACAACAAGUGGUGGAUCUCCCAAUCAGCCAUCUACUUCUGCUCGCUCAUUUCUUAUUGACCCUGGCAUUGGAUUGUACAAGAUAAAUGAAUUGGUGGAUGCCCGUGAUGUCAGCAUUGGAGCCUGGUUUGAAGCUCACAUAGAAAAUGUUACCCGAGCAAAAAAGGGACAUAAGAAUGGUAAAGCUCAAGCAAAGAGUGGCAAUUCUUACAAAAGGACUAAUGGAAACUUAAGCCAAGAUCAUUCUAGAGAAAGUACAAAUAAUUUGGACAGUACACCUUCCACAUCUUAUUCAGACUGUAUGGACACUGAUGAAGAAGUUAUUUAUCAUAUCAAGUAUGAUGAGUACCCAGAGAAUGGUAUAGUAGAAAUGCAAGCCAGUAAUCUUCGACCACGAGCAAGAACCAUUCUGAAGUGGAGCGAACUAAAAGUGGGUGAUACGAUGAUGGUUAACUACAAUGUAGAGACUCCAGAAGAGAGAGGAUUUUGGUUUGAUGCAGAAAUUACCUCUUUGAGGGAAAUCUCAAGGACUAACAAAGAAGUUCACGCCAAAAUUCUUUUGGGAGGCCCAGAUGAUAUAAUAAAUGAUUGCAGAAUCCUUUUUAUAGAGGAAAUGUACAAGAUUGAAAAACCAGGAGCUUAUCCGCUGACAUUUGGGGAUGGAGAUUUCAAAAGGAAGAGUGGCCCCGAGUGCAAGCACUGCAGGGCAGAUCCAGAUAAGGAAUGCCGUUUUUGCUCCUGUUAUCUGUGUGGUGGAAAACAGGAUGCUCACAUGCAACUUCUGUGUGAUGAAUGUAAUAUGGCUUAUCAUAUAUACUGCCUGAAUCCACCUUUAAGCAAAAUACCAGAAGAUGAGGACUGGUAUUGUCCUUCCUGCAAAAAUGAUUCUAAUGAAGUUGUAAAGGCUGGGGAAAAACUCAAACAGAGUAAAAAGAAAGCAAAGAUGCCAUCUGCCAGUACUGAGAGCCAGAGAGACUGGGGCAAGGGUAUGGCCUGUGUUGGGCGCACCAAGGAAUGCACUAUUGUUCCUUCUAAUCACUAUGGACCUAUACCUGGUGUUCCUGUUGGAACAACCUGGAAAUUCAGAGUUCAGGUGAGUGAAGCAGGCGUUCACAGGCCUCAUGUUGGUGGAAUCCAUGGGCGCAGUAAUGAUGGAGCUUACUCCCUUGUGCUGGCUGGAGGAUUUGAAGAUGAAGUGGACCGAGGCGAUGAAUUUACUUACACUGGAAGUGGUGGUAGAGAUCUUUCUGGUAAUAAAAGGAUUGGAGAACAUUCAUUUGAUCAAACAUUAACACACAUGAACAGGGCACUGGCCCUUAAUUGUGAUGCCCCGUUGGAUGACAAAAAUGGAGCAGAGUCUAAAAAUUGGAGAGCUGGGAAGCCUGUUAGAGUGGUGCGCAGUUCAAAAGGACGAAGGAUCAGCAAGUAUGCCCCAGAGGAGGGCAACAGAUAUGAUGGCAUUUACAAGGUGGUGAAAUACUGGCCAGAAAUCGGAAAAUGUGGAUUCUUAGUUUGGCGCUAUCUUCUGAGAAGAGAUGAUCUGGAACCUGCACCUUGGACCUCAGAAGGAAUAGAACGGUCAAAGAAACUGGGUCUGAGUGUACAGUAUCCAGAAGGUUAUCUGGAAGCCAUGGCAAGUAAAGAGAAGAAAGAUAAGGUUAAGAAACAAACUGUGAAACAGGAGCCAACUAGACAGAGCAAUGGAAACCAGAAGAGGACAAUUGAUGAUGCAGGGAUAGAAGAGUCUACAAAUGCAUCCAAAGCCAUGAGAAUGGGGGACGGAGGAAAAGGAGAAGCUUUUCAGAUAACCCAGCAACAACAGUGGCUGAUUAGAGAAGACUGUAUGAACCAGAAAUUGUGGGAUGAAGUGCUUGCUUCUCUUAAAGAAGGACCAAAUUUUCUGAAGAAACUGGAACAAUCCUUUAUGUGUGUCUGCUGCCAGGAGCUGGUUUACCAGCCAGUGACAACAGAGUGCCUCCACAACGUCUGUAAAAGCUGUUUACAGCGCUCAUUCCGAGCUGAAGUUUUCACCUGCCCAGCCUGCCGCUACGACCUUGGAAAGGGCUAUACUAUGGUUCCCAACAAGAUCCUGCAGACACUACUCGACCAGUUCUUCCCUGGUUACAGCAAAGGACGAUGAUAUGUUCAGCUCCUACCAUACUUCUCCCAGUGACUUUAUAGACAGUAAAGGAGAAUAAACAUGGGAAAUGCAACAGUGGACCAGCCAGCUUGAUGGGACUCAAUAUAGUGUCACAUUUUGAAGCAGCUAACCCUCUUCCCCAUAGAGCCAUCUUUUUGUGUAGUGAGAACUCCAAUUCUCAGCUGUCUUUUAACAUCAAAGGUAGUUUUGGCCAGUUAACAAUAGUUUCUAAAGUGAAAAAACAGAAGCCUCAGCUUUGACUGGUCAAUCCUAACUGAUACUUAAGUUAUGGUUUGUGCAUUGUAACUACCUCAGGACAGAGGAAAAUAAUUUGUGGGGAUUAAAACAGUUCAAUGAAGUUUUAGCUACACACUGCCUCCUGAAUAUUUAGUUGUGCCUGGUCCAUGUGGUUUGAUUUACAAAAAAAAAAAGCAGCACUUAAACCGGUUUGAUUAAAGAACAGCAAAUUCUGUGGUGUGCAUAAUCCUUUUUUGUCUUUUCUUCCAUUAUGCUGUAUUUUUUUUUUGCAAGAACAGGCUGAUUUUUAGUCUAUUUUUGUGAGCUUCAUUGUGCUUUUCCUUGUAUCUUAUGCAAGUUGACUACUAAUGACUAAUGAGAACAAUAUGAAUGCAUUGUUGCUACAUUAGUGUAAAGUGAUCUGUGUUUUUUGCACUUAAGGAGGGUAUUCAAGACACUCUAGUUGUGUAAAAAAAAAAAAAUUCAUAUGAAACAAGCCACUCUUGUAUUAGUUAAAACUGUAUGCUUUUAGUAGGUCUUGUAUCAGUGGCAAUACAUCUACACAGCGUUGGAAGGCAGUGCUAGCUUGGAGAGGGUUCAAAUCGCUUCAUAUUGUGAUCUGAAAUUUUAUAUACAGUAUAUUCCCCCAAAUAUACCUUAUUAAAUAUUUUAUGAUUCAGAAAAGGUUGCUAAUUUUUGUUGCUUUAUAUUUGAGUAUCUUGUAGUCUAAAGUAUGUUUAAAAACCAAGUAAUUUUUCAAAGUAGUGAAAGUUUCAUUCGGGUGGCCUUUUUAUUCUAAAGAUGUCAAAUUUGAUAUACAAUUCCACUGCAGCUUUUGGUAACCAGGAUUAUAAGUAAUAAAGAUAUUGGCAAAUGCUUGUCUUCCUUAGGUGAUGCCCUGGGGAGUUUCUCUAAAGUUAAGAGAAAACAGAAUUUACUCUUAUGCUUAACUCCUACAGAAUGGGCUGAGAAUGUUAUCCAGAAUUUGAUACGUUGCUACAUCUUGGCCCAAGGAUUUUUGUUUUUAAAGCCCAAAUCUAUUUGGAGCCCCUUUUAUAUAUCUAUCUAAAGUGGAUGCAGCAGAGUGGACAUAGAUAAAAAUGAAACCAGUUAAUUUUUCCUUCAUUCUUUAAUGAAAUCACUUAACUCCUUUUUAUUACUGCUCUUAGUCCAGAUAUUUAAAUUUGGAUUUUUAAAAAUACUUUGAGUACUUACUUAACUGUUUUCCUGGCGAGUGCUUCUUGCUUUGUCUGUUAACCUUUUAUGUAAAGUCGCAUUUUUCUUGUAUUCUAAGAGAUAAUGUAUGUUGUAUCUUAUUUAUGCAAAUGCAUUGGCACCACUGUUCCUAGUCCCUUAGUACCAGAAAGGCUUCUAGUUUUGAACAGCAGCUUUGGAAACAUUAAGUUUAUCGUUACUUCUUUUGGCUUUUCCCAGCCCUUACCAUGAGAUGAAAUUGGUUUCAACCUUUUCCUUCAGGCAAACAAGACUUGUGAAUAGUGAGGAUGGCUUUUUCAAAGGAACUGCAGAAAGCUAAAUACUCAAAUUCCAUGCAAGUUAUUUCCUUAGUCAUUUGGAAAAGGGGGAGCUGCACUGCUUUAUGGGCUGAACCCAUAACUGAUUGUUUGUAAUGUAUUUUCUCAGGGACCAGCAUAGGUCACUUAUUGCUCUUCGGUACCACUUGAUACAUGCAAGAUGUACAGUUUCCAAUUGAUUUGAAAAGUCUUUAUUAUGUCUUUUGUAGUGUCCUUCCUGUUUGAGGAGUAGCAGCAAUUCAGUCACCUUGACAUAUUCAUUCCACCUCCCUCAGUAAUGUUCCAAUAGCAACUACUUAAAAACCUGCGCAAUAGAAAAAAUAAGCGAUCUUGAAUAUGUCGCUGACUCUUACCAGCAAGCAGGGAACAGCAGCAGUAUUUGAUCCCUCAACUAUAGAGGAAUGACAAAGGUGAACAGUUUACAUUGCUCUCACUUUCAAACGCUUGACUAAAGUCAAGUGAUGGCUCGUAAACGCAUAUCGCAUUUCAAGGUAAGAUUUAUGAUCUUGUGUGCAAUAGUGACGUCAAACAAACCCCCUUAUAAUCUAGUCUAAUAAUCUGAAGUGCUUAACAAUUCGUGAACAAGAAGCAGUUCCUGAAGUUUAACUCAACUCUACGAUCCCCCUCCCCUACCUGCUCUGCAAACUACAUGUUCACUAGAAUUCCUCUUGUUCAGUGUGGUGACUAGUUUGAAAUUAUGACUAACAGAUGUGAUAGGUUUUUCAUAAAUCAAAGUAUUAGGUUUAUAAAGCCAGGCAGAAGAAAAUUUUCAAGGUUACAGCUCGUAUCUUAAUGCCAGCAGAAGUUAGUAGGAAUAGCUGGUUAUAAAAUGCUCAACAGGUGCAUUUUAAGUUUCCUAAAAUCAAAGGGACUAAGGCAAAAUCUGGUACUGGAGUAGCCAUUCAAAUUGGCAGAGAUGACCAGAGCAGGGUGUAGGGCCCGAGGCAAAUCAGGCCAUCUAGGGCCCCACCCCUGCUCCAAUCCCACAGGCCCCGGACCUGAAGAAGCUGCUGCCACGACUGGCUGUUAACCAACAUUAUGUUUUGGUGCUGGUAGCUUUUCUUUUAAAAAAAACAAACAAACCAAAAACAGGAUUAAUACUAAAAUUUCCUAAAGCUACUUACCUUUCCAGGAUAGCCUCAACUAAAUUCAGGCCUCAAUCCAUUGGACCUACAGUUACAUCUGCUCACACCAGGAUCAUGAGAGUGAUCUACUCAACUUCUCUGCCAAUCUAUUUAUGAAGGGCUGCCUUUGUGCAUUGCCCCACUCCCUGCCUUCUCAUCUGAUCUUUCAUAGAGAAUGAGAUGAAGUAUACUUCAGUUUAGGACUACACCAAAAUCUUCAGGUUUCAACUUUUCAUCAUCUACUUUAAUGCUACGGCCCUCACCACAGCAAAAGCUAGAGCAGUUAGAGCUGUUCACUUACUAUGAACCCAAAGGUGAAAGAGUUCCCACUUCAUUCAGGACUUGUCUGAAGGUCACCUGUAGUCAACCCAGCUGUAAAUGGGUACAGGUUUUUCAAAGUAUGGAUACUGCAGGUAGCUAGUGCAGAUGCUAGCCGUCUCACCCUUGGUGCAUGCUGUUGUACCUUAACGUGAACCCAAUGUACUCUUCUGUAUGGUAUGUAGAGUUAAAAAUAAGGACCCACAUAUUCAAGGCAUAGAAAUUCAAAUAGAACCACUUGCCCUGUACAUGAAAUCAGCUGCUAAGUGACAGCAAAAGCUAACACUUAAUAACAUGUGCCUGUGUGAGCUGUGCAGACUUUCCCCAUCCACUGUUACCACCUCUGAGUCUAGUCUGGAUUUGCAGUAAAGUUAAAUCAGAAGCAGAUGGGAACCUUUUACAUGUAGCUCUGUAGUACACAAAUAGAUCAGGCAAAAGCAGAUGGCGGCAUGUCUGGUACACUGGCAGGAAAAAGUCACUCAUCUCUCUAAACAGGUGGAGGUUUUAAGAGAAAAAGCACUAAGCAGCUCAUCUCACACAGGCUGAUGUAUUAUCUUCUUAGAAAAAACAUUUCAUUUAGGAACAAGAGGUUUGUAUGGAAUUACUAUAGGCAAAAUCUGGCAAGAGCUUGCUAUAGUAAUAAACAGUAUAUAGCAGUAGUGGAUAGGGAAGUCUGCUCAGCUCAUUUGUGUACUAUAUGAAGUGCUAGCUACUACUGUCAGUAGUAUUGGGCAGACAAGUACAGUUCAAGCAUCAUUGUUCAGUAAGGGCAUGUCUACAUAUGCAUUCAUGUAUUUUGGUUAAUAUGCAUUAAAUCUAGUACCUCCACUGUGGGCAUUCUUACACAUGCAAGCACCAGGCACUUUGAAAAGUGCCC